AGAUAAGUUUCCUUCCACCGCGACGGUUCAGUGCUUGAUCAGUGCCAGUUCCGAAGACCGCUGCAGCAAAGCCAGUUUUGUCCCCACCUUCUUUGACUUUCGGGGUUGUUCUCUCUGGGUCGCAGUUACUUUCCCCUCUUUGGCGCUGCUGCAACCGUUGUUGGCGGAUUCGUUGGGUUCGUCGUUGAUUGAUCUCGCGUGACUCAGGGAGCCGUGCGUGAGUCAGUUUGACUCUUUCAUUUGAGCCGUUCAGAGUCAGAGACGUUGUUGGUUCGGGAAAAUUCGCGCGCGCGGAAACUAUUGACUGCUCUCUUUGGUGGGGGUUAAUUUUAUAAAUCAUCGCCGUCAGUAAGUUUGUUAGUAAAAGUUUACCCAAGGAAAAACAAGCAACAGUUUCGUGCCUGGAGCCUCGGGCACGAGCAUCGGAAAGCCCAUCCUGUGUAUCCUCAUGCUCCUCGUCGUCCCAUGAGCACACCGAACGUCACGUGUUUGAUCAAUAUCUGGAGGACGUUUUCCAGUCUGAACUUCACAGUGUAAAAUCUACCGUUCGCGAGUGCGCUCUCUCGGGCUCCGGGGCUGACCGUGACCAUCGUCGUGUCGUUUCUGUAGGGCUCGUGUGCUCUGCUAGGGUGCUGCUAAUUGAUUACAGAACCUCGGUGGUUGUGGAUCUUGGACCGUACUAGAUCGUGUGGAGUUGAGAUCAGUUGAGCGGCGGCCGCCUAGGCGUGGUGAUAACCUGCAAAAUUGUUAGUAGAAAAACGUGGACAUUUGGCAAUGAUCCCAAUGUUUAGCAAGUUCGAGUUCAAAGAAGGUGUGAAGCAGAUCGUGGGCGUGUCGGACAUCACCGAGAACCGCAACAUAUGGCGCAUGCUGAUUGCGGAGUUCCUCGGCACCUUCCUGCUGGUGUCGAUCGGCAUCGGUAGCACGAUGGGCUGGGCUGGGGACGACGCGUCCAAGCCGACGAUGACACAGAUUGCCUUCACCUUCGGCCUGGUGGUGGCCACUCUCGCUCAGGCAUUUGGCCACGUGAGCGGCUGCCACAUCAACCCCGCGGUCACCAUCGGACUGAUGGUAACGGCCGACAUCAGCAUACUGAAGGGUGCCUUCUACAUCGUGUCCCAGUGCGUGGGAGCGAUCGCCGGAGCUGCUCUGAUUAAGGCAGCCACCCCGGCAGACGUCAUCGGUGGGCUGGGCGUCACCGGCAUUGACCCUCGCAUGAGCACCGGCCAGGGCGUCCUGAUCGAGGCCCUCAUCACCUUCAUCCUUGUGUUCGUGGUUCAUGGCGUCUGUGACAAUCGUCGUUCCGACAUCAAGGGUUCGGCCCCGCUGGCCAUCGGACUGUCCAUCACUGCCGGACAUCUGAGUGCGAUUCGAUACACCGGUGCCAGCAUGAACCCGGCUCGUUCCUUCGGACCGGCCGUUGUGAUGGGUAACUGGACCGACCAGUGGGUGUACUGGGUUGGCCCAAUUGUCGGUGGCAUUAUUGCCGGUGCUAUCUAUCGUCUGUUCUUCAAAGUAAGAAAAGAUGAACACUAACAAAGUAGGCCAAGUGACUAACGACGUUCAGUACAUAUAGUCGCAGGCUAGCCCCACCCCCACAUACUUAGUAUCUGAUAAUACCAUAAGUUAUCUAAUGUAAUAACAAAACAAUAACCAACAAACAACAGCAUCAGCCACGCGCAAAGUUAUUGAACGCAAUGACGAGCGAUCCUGCCAUUAUUGGAAAUGUGUGUGCUAAUUAACAAAUCUGUAUCUGCGUGUCCGUUGAAAUUUUUGUGGGGGAUAAUAACAACAGUAAGAACAAUAGUAAAGGAUACUGAACGGUUCAUCAAGCCGUUCUGUUGCUUGAUUCAAUUCCACCUUAACAAAAAAGCCAAAUUCGAGCAAAAAAGAGAUGAAUAUUUUAACACAAAUGGUACUACAUAUAUUUAAACAAAAUUUCGCACUAUACUUUUGGCUUAGUUUCUCCAAGAAUAUUGUACAAAGAAGUGAUUGUGAAAAAUUGGGAAAAACAAUAUUUUCCUAAUUAUUCACAAAUACUUCAAUAUUUAUUCGGUGCCUUAAAAACUAAAUAUUUAUCUAUUACUUAAAAUUGUCUUAUCCAAAUUUGCGGGAAUACUAAUAGUACCAUCAGAUCUUUUGUUUUUUGUCAUUUGAAAUAAAAUUUCCGCUUUUAAAUGUUUAAGAAAUUGUACAUAAUGCGCUACCUAACUCACAAACCUUUCUAUCUGUAUAUGUUAGUUAGUUCGUAUUCUAUUGAACAAGGUGCUGGGUUUGAACAUGAAAUUGAUCGCAUUUUAUUUAAUCGACUUAAUCUCUUCACAAUAUUGUGCAUGCGCAUUCACUUUUACUAACCCUAUGAGUCGAACUAAACCUCCAAAAUUCCUAAGCCAAAUCUGUGAAACAAAAGAAAAACGUAAUUUUCACCAUUUCCUCAAAACACCACCACGAUUCGAUCUAAAGAGCAGGCGAUGGCACCGCUGUUAGUAUUAGAAGAAACAAACAAACAAUGCUGUUAUCUGUUAAUUAUCAUGUGUUUGUUCCACUAUUUAAAUCAUCCCACUCCCAGGCGCAAAAAAAAGAAAAAUAUUUUUGCAUUGUUAUCCAAGAUGAAUUUAGAGCACCCUCCCAAGCAGCAUCUCGAUUUAACGAAGAGCAAAAAAUAAAUGCAAAUUACAAAUUCCAUCCUCGAAGCUGGCACUAUUAAUCACACACACGAUAAUAAUGUACAUUAGUUAAUAGUGCACUGUUACUGUUGCUCUGGUGUAUUUAUUUGCAAAUCCAAAUGAAGAUCAAACUUUACCGGGAAUUGCUGCUAAUCCGGUUUCUAAUCUUUCGUCAUAAACUGCGGUGCAAACUAUGCAAAAAUUGGUUGAUAUAAAUGCCCAUCCGUAUAUUCUUGUAUGUAUUAUAUACAUUGGAAUUUACACCACUUUUAUUGUAAAGAAACAUGUUGAAUAAAUAUGAAUAUUUAAACAAAAAUCUA